AUGUUCAGAGUGAACAGCAUCGCUAGACAACUUGGUUCUUUUAAAUCAGCAUCCAAACUUUCUCAACAGACCAGGAAAAUGCAUGUCAAACCCGUUAAAAUGAGAUGGUUGACCGGAGGUGUGAACUACAGCUAUUUGCUGUCGACGGAGGACAAGACCAAAUCAUGGCUCAUUGAUCCUGCGGAACCUGCAGAGGUGUUCUCGGCAUUGAAAACUGAAGAGCUAAUGAGCGUAGAAGCAGUGGUCAACACUCACCACCAUUAUGACCACUCUGGAGGAAAUGGAGCAGUAGUUAGCAGACUGACCGAAUUGGAGAACGCAGACGUACAGGUGAUCAGCGGGAGUCACAACUCGCCUGGUACUACGCAGAUCCCAAAACAUCUGCAGGAAUACGCAUUGGGAGACCUGAAAAUAAGGUGUAUCCGUACGCCAUGCCACACGCAAGACUCGGUAUGCUACUAUGUGAGUGAUCCGAUGUCGCAAGAAAAAGCCAUAUUUACAGGCGACACAUUAUUUAUCGCUGGCUGUGGCCGUUUUUUCGAAGGUACUGGCGAGGAAAUGGACGUUGCCUUGAAUAGAAGGAUUCUGGACGGUGUUGGGAACUCCAAUUGGGCGACGACCAAGGUGUAUCCUGGCCAUGAAUAUACCAAGAGCAACGUUAAGUUUGUGCGUCACGCUGUGUACAAGACAGCUGGUGAAAACGCAGCCCUUGACAAGCUGGAAAAGUUCUGUAACGAGAAUGACGUCACAGCCGGUGUUUUCACGUUGCAAGACGAGCUUGAGUACAACCCAUUUAUGCGUCUGGAUGACCCAACGGUAAGAGAUGCCGUGAAAGAUCCACAGGGCUCCCUCACUAGAGCCCAGGUCACUGAUCGUUUGAGAACUCUGAAAAAUAAAAUGUAG